AUGACAAGUACGUCAGCAGAUGGGAAUGAGUGGAACGGAUCUGCGUCCCAAAUGUUCCCUGAGCUGGUGAUUGAUAAUGAUCGCGAGAGUGAUGAAGACUAUGAAGUUGGGGCAAGUCAGUGGCCCGAGUCUUUGAAGAAACAGAAGCGCCGACAACGCAAGCAUAAUCAUCGUGAAAAUGUUACCUCGGAUUCAUCUAGAUUAAUAGACAGUCAUAGUGGGCAGAAACAACGAGCAGGAUCGGUAAACACAAAACAUACGGGACCUGGGUUACGACGCGUAAGCCUUAAACAGACAUCAACAUCUACAACAUCUACGACAUCUACAAAACAUACAAACUCUAGCACUGGAGGGAAAUCAACACAUGGCUCUGCGGCAAAAGCAGUCAAGACGCUGACACAGCUUUUUGCGCUGAGCCGGAACGCACAGUCGCGGGACGACAGUGCGUCGACAGCGACGAGUUCUAUAGGUCGUUCGAGUAUGGGACUCGGAAGCAUUGGUAGGGCGAGAGUAGGUAUGUCUACAGGUCAGUGGAGUACUUUGGGGAUGUCUAUGGGCGAGAGCAAAGUGAGGUCAGAAACUGAGUCUAGGGAUGUUGUGUUACCUGAGACUGUUGCGUUAUCGCAGAUAGCAAUCAAUACUCCUCGGGUGGUGCGCAAGGUACGGGAAGUUCCGUCGUCAAGUCCACGGAAACAAUGGGAGCCACUGGAAGCUGCGGACGAGAGGCUUGCGUUGCUUGUUCGAGAAGAAGGUGAUGCGCAGUUGCAGGCCGCGGAGGCUGCAUAUCGAGCUUUUUUCCGUGCUGCGCGGCGGGCUCGUGGGAGUAAAAGAGAGGAACAGGAGAAUGAAGAUGAAGAUAAAGAUAAAGAUAAAGAUGGGAAUGGGAAUGGGAAUGGGAAUGGAGAUGGAGAUGGAGAUGAGGAAAGAAAGAUGGUGAAGUUAAAGGUGGGCCAAAGGGCGUUGCGAGAGAUUGAUGGGAAAUUGCGUGAAAAAGUACAAGGACAAAAACAAAAACAAGAUACCAUGGAAUCAUCUUUACGAGGAGGACAACGUGGGAGUGUUAAAGAGCCUAGGGAAGUAGUAGCGGCUGUUAGUGGUAUUAAUGAUGUUGGUAGUGUUAGUAGUGUUGGUUGUGUUGGUUGUGUUGGAGAUACGCCAAGGAUGGUAGUUACGACGGGAAGUACGGAGAAGAAUGGGGGUCCGAUUGGCGUCAUCACUAAAGAGAAGGAAGGUGAAGGCCGGCCGACGGUAGUUUCAGGGAGUGGUAAGUUUGCAUCGGCCACAGCGGCGGCAAAGGCGACAGCGGCAGCUUGUGAGACAUUGGAUAAGAUUCCUCGGAUUAAAAGAGAGUCAGAGGGACAAGAUGAAAGUAUACGGAUUGAUAAGGAACAUGUACAACUAGUGGGGGGUAUGGAGAGGACGAUUGUUGAAGACCAAAAAGAAAAGGAAAAGGAAAAGGAAAAGGAAAAAAAAAAAGAAAAAGAAGAAGUUUUGGUUAAACAGGAGGAAGAUAUUGAAGCAUUAAGGAUUGGGAAGAAGCGAAAGAUGGAAAAAACAAUGAAGAUGAAGAUGAAAAAAAUGAAAAUCAUGAAAAAGAAGAUUAAUAAUAAUAAUAAAAAUAAAAAUGAUGAUGAUGAUGAUGAUGAUGAUGAUGAUGAUGAUGAUGAUGAUGAUGAUGAUGAUGAUGAUGAUGAUGAUGAUGAUGAUGAUAAUAAUAACGAGCGACGGGAAGAAACGGAUGGGUUUAUUAAGCAGGAAGAUAAGGACGAUGGUGGUGUGGACAAGAAAAGUGGGCAGCAAAAGGCCGGUCCUGGUACGAUUACGAAGCAAAAUCAGAAGCAUAAGCAUAAGCACAAGAAACAACAACGUGGUAUGGACCCACUAAAUGGCGCAGGUAAAUGGCGCGGAGAAACUUUUCUGGGCGAUACUUGUGGUGAUAGUGGUAAUGGUAGUCGGCUUAAGGAUAAAGAAACGAAUUUCGUGACAGAUACAACAACAGCUACAGAAGCAACAGAAGCAACAGAAGCAACAGAAGCAACAGAAGCAACAGAAGCUGCAAGCAUAAAAAUCAAAGUAGAAUCUGAGGAAAAGAGUUCAAGUUAUGGACCCAAUGUCAAAGACAAAGAUGUCAACAAUGACAACAAUGACAACAAAGACAACAAUGACAACAAUGACGAUGAUGAUGACAACGUACUUAUUCCUGCAACACCACAGCCAUGGCUAGACGGAGUGUUUGGAUCCGUUGGGAGGUCAAUGCGGGGGGAUGAUGAUUUAUCAGAAACUGAAGAAAGCAGCAAUAAUGGUCAUGAAUUUGAAUUUGAAUUUGAACAAGAAGAAAAUGAAGAAGAAGAAGAAGAAAUGCCAUUUGCAUGCGGACAACAGGACCCGUACCUGACACAGGACCAUGGUACCGGAUCAAACGAGCCCGCAUUGACUGAUUUAGGUGGAAGUGGAGGUGGAAGUGGAGGUUGUAGUGGUGAUAGCGGAAAUGUGGGCUCCAAUGGUGCACCGAUGACAGUAACGGCCAAUAGACGCCCGCUAGGACUACUAGACAAACAAUGCCAACAACAACAACAACAGCAGCAGCAGCAGCAGCAGCAGCAGCAGCAGCAGCAGCAGAAACAGAAACAGAAACAGCAGAAACAGCAUUUACAACAACAUCCUUUGACGCCACCGACGGCAGCUCGGGAGUCUCUUAGUAUGCUCAAUUUUUGGACUCACGUUGCGGGGCAAAACAUUCCACAUCAUCAACAAGUUGAGUCAUCAAGUACAAGUCAAGUAAACCUUCCACCCAAUUCCUCUCCACAGUCUGAAACCCAAUCCUACACAUCCCCAGCAAAACCCUUUACCCAACAGCAGCAUCAGCAUCAGCAUCAGCAUCAACCACACAACACACAAUACUAUCUCAACAAAAUUCUCACAGAAAGUGCCUUGGAGUCACUUCCUCUUCCACCACCACCACCACCAAAUUUAUAA